CAAGAGAAGUCGGAUGCGUCGGACGAGGCUGCCAUGUUCCACGGUCAGCCGUUUUCCUAUGGCAGCAAUGUUAGCAAACAGCAAAUCCUCGCGGCUAAAGUGACUAUGUCUGUACCGCCACAAUGAGCAAGAUGUUAAUGGACCAUGGUUCCCUUCCCCUCUCCUCUCUCCGCCUCAUCGUCCCCCCCGUGCAGCUCGUGUCUGCGGCUCUGUGGGAGAUAGUGAAGCAGGGAGCUGUGAUGUACUAUGGUCUGCUGGAGGAGUUUAUCACCUCGGUGCUGGAAACAGUCCCCGAGCUGCUCACUUACUCAGAAGAAGUCCAACUAGUCGUGGGCUUACGCGCAAGGGUGGUGCUAGAGUUGUGCCGCAGUGAUGAUUUCACCAGCCCACAGGCCGUCCAGCUUCAUCUGAGCAGAUUAAACACCUACAUCACAAAACAGGAUGAAGAAACUUCCAGUACUGAGGUAAAAGCAUCAGUGACUAACUUCUUGAAGCUUGUUCAAACACUAGUGGAUGAUCAAUGCCAGAGGGAUAUCUUUUAUCAGAAAAUCUUCCCAACAGUUUUUGGCCCCAAAUAUGACUCCGCCCUGGAGGCUCUAAUGAGAAAAUUCCUCUUCAAUCUUCAGAAGCUGCUGCCUGUUCCAAACCUCGAACAAACUUCCCUUUGGCUCAGUCUCUCCCCUUCUGUCUUGAAAGAGUGUGUAGACUUCAUGAAUAAACCUGAGCCCUUGAAUACGCUUAUUCAGCAUCACAAGCAUCAUGGGCAUGAAGUUCCACAAGCUCUGUCUUCCACUUGUAAUGACUGCAUCCUUUCCAGCCUGUCCUAUCACCUACCAAGGGUCAACUAUGAUGAAGGAGAGAACGGUGUCAAAGCUGGAUCCAUGUGUAUCAGUGAGGACUGGCACAGAGACAACUCGCUUGGGAGUCAGUCUCAAAAGAAUAAAGAAGAAAACUUCGAGGAGAGAAAUUCAGAAGUGGCAAGGAAUGUGGAAAGAAAUGGCCAGCAGCAUGCUGAUGAUCUGACUGAAGACCAAGGAGCCUCUGUUGAAGUAAUACUUGAACCUUUUGAUGAAAGUGAGUCUAAUGAUGAUGAUGACGACAUGGGAAAAAAAUGGUUUCACCAUUUAAAAACUCACAAUAGGACGUCCUCGAAAACUUUCAAGUGUCUUGUGUGUGGCCAGGAUUUUGGUUCCAUUAGCAAACUAAAAAGGCACAGGAUUACUCAAAGUGGUUGUUUGAUGAACAGACUGGGUCGUUCAGAUUCUGCUAGCCAAAGUAGAUUUUUUGAAAGGAUUAACUUGCAUCCGAAACCUAAGAUAAAUGCCCGUAGGAAUGAGAAUGAGCUGCAAUUGGCAGGGGUCUUAACACGUAACUUUGAGCCGUCUAAUGAUGACUGUAGUCUUGUUUGUCCUGCUUGCGGCAAGGUUUUCACUUACCCAAAGAAUUUUGACAAACACCAGAGGAUUUGCUUGGUCAGCAGUAAACGAAAGAUACAGGUAAGCCCACAGUGUUCUACAAGCUUAGCACAUCCCUCCAAAUCAAGCCCUGUUGAUAAGACCAAAGUGGCUUUGCUUUGUGAAACUGAAACUGAGCCUUCAAAUGUUGCACCCCGGGAGUCAAUGUCGUCUGACUCGUGUAAAAGAAGCAGCCGUGUCAAAAAAUGCUCUGCAUGCGGGAAAAUAUUCACUCGUUCUGCUGACUUGACGAAGCACAUGAGAUGCCACAUUGAACAGAGUCCUUAUCUUUGCUCAUAUUGUGGUAAAGACUUUGACAACUAUGAAGACUGCGAGGCACACAAGAAAGGUCAAUGCAGGAUUUCAAACCAACACUCACAAGCAAAGAGUGCAUUCACACAGGAGAAUUCUUCGAGCAACGCAAAGAAAGCGAAUCAGAAGAAAAGUCUUGUUUCAGUCACAGAUGUAACUGCCAACGCGCAGGCUAUGCAGGCUUGUAAAUCACCUCUUACAUGUCAGGAAUGCGGCCAGGGUUUUUCUUAUUACAAGAGUUUUGAGAAGCACCAGAGCAAAUGUUCCAAAAGAAGUCCUCGAAGGAAAAAGCGAACAAACGCCAACCAUUUUGUUAUCAAUGCCUGUAACUUCCAGUCAGCUAACAAAACCAAUGACAGCUGCGCUGAAACAAGCUCUGAAACAAAGGAAAGUAAAACUGAAACAACUCCAAACUCUACAGACUGUGCAGAUGACUCCCAGACUAAGUCUUGCACCAUCAAGUGCACCAUGUGUGAGAAGAACUUUUCAGAAAUUGUCCUCCUGAAAAGACAUUAUUCCAAGUUACAUAAAAUCAGAGGUUCAUACCCUUGUCCAUUGUGUAAGAGAACUUUUGUGAGGCUAUGUGAAUUGGUUCGACAUCAGCAGAACAAAAAACUGUACCAGUGCGCUGCCUGUAAGAAAUGUUACACAAAGCCAGGGCUACUGAAUGAUCAUGAAAAAGUUCAUACUGCAAGUGUAACACCACGCAUUUGUGAAACAUGCGGAAAAGGCUUCAAAUCUCUCGCUUAUCUGAUUCUGCACCAGAGCAAGCAUAGAGAACGACAGCCUAGUGUUUGUUCCUACUGUGGUAAACAGUUCAGCACCAAAGACUGCCUGAGAGCGCAUAUGGUGAGGCAUACAGGUGGGUACCCAUGCCCAGUAUGCGGAAAGAAAUUCUAUCAAAAAACAUACCUUAAAUGGCAUCUGUACAAACACACAGGGCACGAGCCGUACCUCUGUGACACGUGUGGAAAAGGCUGGCCGAGUGCAGCUCAGCUCAAGCUUCACAUGAUUCAACAUACGGAGGAAAGGCCGUUCAAGUGUGAAGACUGUGGUGUGUGUUACAAGAGGGGAUCGCAUUUGAUGGCUCACCGUAGAGACAAGCACAUCAGGUUGCGGCCAUUUGUGUGUGAGGUUUGCAGCAAACCCUUUCGAUUAAACAAUGAGCUGAAAAAGCACAUGAUGGUUCAUACAGGGGAGCGGCCAUUCAUUUGUCCAAAAUGUGGCAAAUCAUUUACAAGAAAAACUCGGCUAAGGGAGCACAGAGAAAAGGCGUGUCUGUAGCUUCAUGCUAUUUGCGGACUUGUCCUGUCCUAAACUGUCCAUGAUUCAUGUACUCUACUACAGUCCACCAAUAAGCCUGGUAGAUACAGUAUAUUCUGUCAUCAGUAAUGUCUCACUGCUGUAUAUGUGUGAUGCUUUUUUUAAUGAAGCCACAGAUUUGUUAAUAAACCACAACAUUUUUGCCUGA